GUAUCAAACGACUGGCAGUUGGUUAAAAAUCUAGAAACUGAAAUUCCGAAUUGUUCCAACAAUAUCAGAAUCUCCCAAUUUGUCGAUUUUGAACAAGUAAUCUGCUACAGGUAUAUAUUACAUUUUCCUCUUAAUAAAGGGGAAAAGAUGUUUAUGGGGAGUACCCACGGUCUUCCAGUGUAUAGCUCACUGAAUGAUGUGUUGCUCCCUGAUCACGAAUUAGAACCAGACGAGGAUGAAGAAGCGGAUAGCUCUAGCCAGAUAAUAUUUAUGGCUUCCUUUGACGAACUUGCAGGGAAUUGCAUUCAGUAUGAAACUAUCAUAUGGCUUUCAAUCUCGUUGCUGUUAGUUUUAGCUUGGGGAAUUGGGGUCAUUAUGUUGCUAUAUUUUCCCUUCAGAAGAUAUGUGCUUCAUAAGGAUAUUUCUUCACGAAAGUUGUAUGUCACACCUGCUGAAAUUAUCUAUAAGGCAUCUAGACCAUCAUAUGUACCCUGCUGGAAAACUGUGACAACGGCGACACAUGUCCCUUUGUCUAUGGUGAUUGAUUUAAUUAUUGAACAAGGUUGCUUACAGUCUGUGUACGGUAUACACACAUUCAGAGUGAAGAGUAUAUCACGUGGUAAGACUGCUUCUGUGGAUGAGUUGCAGAUUCAAGGAGUAUCUAAUCCUGGACUUUUGAGAAAGGUCAUAAUAACAGAAGCUUCGAAGGUUAUUCGAGAUGCUGGAAAGAUGAUGACCCGUAUGCCGUCCUUGAAUCAGAGACAUGCUUCUUCGAGACCACCAUCCAAUAAGUGGAAGGUUGAAAAUUCAGCAUAUUCUGUAUCUACUGAGCGCAGAGGAAUGGCUUCUGGGGAGAUGUUCAUGCAUAAACUGGACGAAGUGGACAAAUCUGUUAAGAAAAUCGAGUCACUGAUGGCGAAAUUCCAAAGCCCACCAAAAUCAGCUGAAAGAUGUGAAGAUGAAAUUUCGAGUUUAUAAGCCUACCCCCUUCGUGUUCAGCUAAUUGUGAUUUGAAGAUAGUUGUAGAGUGCAGAAAAGCUUUUGUAUAUAAUCAUGUUGAAGAUCAUUCUUUCAAGAUGUUAUGGUUGAUGGUUCUAUGUUUUGUUACCUGAUUCACUAGUGUACACCUACGCAAUUUGCUACCUAAUUUGCUAAACUAGACCAAAGCUGUACCAUUUUCAUUUUGUAAUUCACUUUUUUAAUUUAUCGUUCAUGGGGCGAGUAGAAUUAGGUAACAUGGUUGUAAGUUUAGAUACAACUUCAUUGCUGUACAAAUUCUAAUGUGUCAUUUAGGUAGGUUUUGCACACUUCCUAAGUUUAACCCAUUUGUUUGUGCAUAAUACGAUCUUGGCAACUAUAACCACCUUACUUACAGUGGUGUUAAGCAAAUGCUUAUCUUUUUUUUUUGUAAACUGAAUUAAUUUCUAAAGAGUUCCAAAUUAAUCAAAAUUCAAAUGAGAGAACACAAA